CCUCGGUUCGAGUCGUUCUGCCCGUCCCAGUCACCAGGGAUCUUCAUCCACCCUACCGCGACCUUCAACAACAUCAUUCGCUGGCACUCACCUGUUGCUGCCACGCGUUCUCGUUCUGCGGACACCCGUGUCAGAGAUUUCUACUGCCGUCCUCCAGCCUGACCUCCCCUUACCCCCCCUCUCCCCUCGCUGCGCCUUCCAUCCACCCCAACGCCAGUAGCUGACUGUGCGCAGAAGCUGAAGCGCGGAUCAUUGAUCUUGUCUACCUUGUGCACCGUUGGACCUCGCCUUGUCUAAUCAUUGGGCACCACCCAUCUCGGAUCAGCCUUGGUAGGCUAGAUCGCCAUCAUGGCGACACUCAACGUCAAGGAUGCGCUGUCCUACCUCGACCAAGUCAAGGUGCAGUUCGCAGAGCAUCCGGAUGUCUACAACCGCUUUCUCGAUAUCAUGAAAGAUUUCAAAUCGCAAACGAUUGAUACGCCAGGCGUAAUUGAAAGAGUCAGCACGCUUUUCAGAGGCCAUCCAUCGCUCAUCCAAGGUUUCAACACUUUCUUGCCCCCGGGCUACCGCAUCGAAUGCUCACUGGAUCCCAGCGAGUCGAAUCUGAUCACCGUCACCACGCCCACGGGAACCACAACUCAGACCUCUGGCGGGGUAGGCAUCGCUGGAGCCAUCUCCCGCAUGCAGCAUAGCGGCAGUGGCUCCGCUUCGAGUGCUGCAGCCGGCUCUGGUGGUGCGUCGGGUGCGGGCAACGCUUCCACAGGCUCACAGCGCGAGCGCGGCACGCCUGCACCUAGCGGUGCACCACCUCCGCCUCAUACUCCAGGUGGCAGCUCGUACGGAGGCGGUGCCGGUGUCUCAGCUGGGACCGCCGGCCAUGCACCAGCUCUGCCUCCUGGCACCAUGGCCUCGCUUGGCACGCCUCAGCGUCAGCCGCACUCGCCUGCUUUGGGUGGACCAGCUACGCCUGGUGCCACUGCGGGCGCGGGAGUGCUCAGUCACGCUUCGUUCGGCAGCAGCGGCGCUGCUAGUGGUCCUGCUGCUCAACAGGCCGGCGACCGCAGGGCGCCUGUCGAGUUCAACCACGCAAUCUCAUACGUUAAUCGCAUCAAGCAGCGCUUUUCUAAUGAUCCCGACACGUACAAACAAUUCCUCGAGAUCCUGCAGACGUAUCAGAAAGAGCAGAGACCUAUUGGUGAUGUGUAUGCACAAGUUACAACGCUGUUCAACAACGACAAGGAUCUCUUGGAUGAAUUCAAGCAAUUCCUACCAGACACCUCCGCUGGUGCACCACCCAGCGGCGGCAGCCUCUUUGGCAUGCUCGGCCACGCUUCGACGGGUGCGAAUCAAGCUGGCGUCGCUGCUCCAACUGCGAGUGCAAUGGGUCCGUCCCAUGUUGGAGCUCAGAUUCACGGCAUGCAUGGCAUGAUGCAAGGCAUAGCACCGCCUGGCAGCGCUGCCACCGGACGCCACGAUGGUGGAGUACCACCGGAUUUGAACAAGAAGGCUGGAAGCGGCAGCAGAAGCAAGAAGCGAGCUGGUGGAGGGGGCGGCGUGUCAGGUCAAGGAGCGACAGGGUCUGAGCAAGCAGCUACAGGACGGGGUAGCAAGAGCAAAAAGAGCAAGCACGGGCACGCUGGGGCCAAAGUCGAGGGACACAGCCCGCCGAGAGACAUGUUGCCGCCUGACGCCGCAGCUGCAGCGGCCUACAGCAACGCUCACCUCAUGCAUCAUCAGCCUCCACCACACGCGCUGGUCUACAGCAUUGAUGGAUCUCUCGUUCCUGCCGCCGGCCUAGGCGCUGGCAUGGGCAUGGGAGCAGAUGCCUCGCUGGUCCCCGUCGGUCUCGGCGCCGGCGCUGCUGGUUAUGGACUAGGCGCAGGAGCUGUUGCCGCUCCUCUUGCCACGACUGACGAAGUAGCAUUCUUCGAUCGGGUCAAGAAGCUGAUCGACGAUCGUGCCGUGUAUCUGGAGUUUUUGAAGCUGCUCAACCUCUAUACACAGGACAUCAUCGACAUUAGGACGCUCGUCGAUCGUGCCUCUUUGUUCAUUGGGGGCGAUCGGGAGCUUUUUGAUGCUUUUCAGAGGCUGUGCGGCUACGACAUGGGCAAGCAUGGCUGGCUCGAAGCCGAAGACCCGAUCAUCGAGAAUGUGCCCGCGCUGCAGCGCGAGCGCGUCGACUUGAGCAACUGCAAGACUUAUGGCGCCUCGUAUCGCAAGCUUCCAAAGUCAGAGAUCAACCUGGCGUGCAGCGGGCGCGACCCGAUGUGUUGGGAGGUCUUGAACGAUGUCUGGGUCAGUCAUCCUACGUGGGCGAGCGAGGGCGAGAGCUUCAAUCCCCACAAGAAAAAUGUCUAUGAGGACGCCCUCUAUCGCUCGGAGGAGGAGCGACAUGAGUACGAUUACCACAUUGAGGCCAACUUGCGCACUAUUGCUCUUCUGGAACCUAUUGCCGCACGAAUCCAGACUAUGGAUGCGGAAGAGCGCGCUGCGUUUCGACUAAAGCCCGGUCUUGGCGGGCAGUCCAAGAGCAUCUAUCAGCGCGUCAUUAAGAAAGUCUACGGCCGCGAGCACGGAGUCGAGGUCAUCGCCGCACUGCAUGACAACCCCUGUGUUGCUGUGCCCGUAGUUUUGGCACGUCUCAAACAGAAGGACGAGGAGUGGAAACGUGCUCAGCGAGAGUGGAACAAAGUUUGGCGCGAAGUGGAUGCACGAAACUACUACAAGAGUUUGGAUCAUCAAGGCGUGAACUUCAAAGUCAGUGACAAGAAGACAAUCACUAGCAAAGCUUUUGUCGCCGAGAUUGAAUCUCGCCGGGCACAGCAGCAGCAGAGACGUGUCACGAUCGACGCGACACUACCACGACCGCGCCCGGAUCACCAACUUGCCUUUGCAAUGGACGACAUGGUGGUCUUGACAGAUAUCAUCAAACUCUCCCUCAGCUUCCUAGAUCGCGCGCCGUACAGCAAAGGUGAUUGCGAUCGCAUUGAGCAUCUGCUGCGCACCUUCAUCCCUCUCUUGAUGUGCUUAGACCAGAAUGAAUUCGACGACGAGAUCAACGGUGGUGUGGCUGUAGACGGUCGCGACGCAGCUGGCGCGGACGACGACGCUGAAAGCCGCAUCGACGACGACGCGCGCAGCGAAGUUUCUGACGCAGACAGCGCCGCUGCCAGCGGAGCGUCGUCGACUGUGAAGCGCGGAGGUAGCUCAAAGCGGCACGAAGCCGACCUCCGUCGCAAGUUGCUUCGCAAUCAGGCCGAGACUUCUGGAGCUGCUCAGGCGGGUGCUGAUGCCGAGCCCAUCGCCGCACGAGCUUCAAGCCCUGCCAUCGCUGCAGAGGUCAAGGCAGCGGCUGAAGCUCUCGACUCUGCGACAACCCCUGUCGUAGCUGGCGCCAAUGCGGAGCCGCAAGAUGUCUCCAUGACGGAUGCGAGCGACGAUGUCGCAGAAGCCUCUACCGACAAGACAGGUGAUGCCAAGUCGGAACAGGGAGUCAUUUCUAAAGAGGGCCAAGCAAGAGAUGACGCAGGUGACAUCAGCUCGGACGGUCCUUCUACGUGGAUGGAUCAGGGCUCGCUGCAAGCAUACGACUCGUCCAAAGCGAAGACGGUCCCCGCGCCAGGCUCAUCCCACAUCGCUAAGGCAGUUGCGUCAGGAAAUGACAAAGGUGCUUCAUCUCGCAAGUACAACUUUUUCUGCAGCACCUCGCACUACGUCUUCAUUCGUCUCUUUCAGUUGCUCUACGCUAGGCUAUCUAGGAUGAAGCAGCUUGGGGAGCAAAUGGCGUCGGCCCAGCCGCCAAAGAAGCGACUGAAUCCCGUGGCGCUCGAACUAGGAUUGCAAGACCCAACGACGGGUCCUGCGUCUGUCGUUGGCAAUGCGGCAGCUUCUGCUGCUGUCAACAGAGGUAAUGAAAGCACCGCAGCUGCCGUCAACGGCAAUGGAGUUGUCAGCGAUGGUCCAAACGGCGUCAGCGCUGCCGUUGAAGAAGACGGCUUGUCCCUAUCACCACUGCGGUACUAUGAUACUUUGCUCGACUUGACCGAGAAGUUCUUCGAUGCUGAGUUGGACAGGGUCACUUUCGAAGAGAGCGUGCGGUACAUGUACGGCAUAGAAGGCUACGUCGUCUUCACCCUCGACAAAGUUAUUGGCUCGCUGGUCAAGACCGCACAGGUCCUCGCAACAGACAGCAAGUGCCAAGAGCUACAGUCAAUUUUGGAAAGGGAUCGCGCAGUAGGUGCGGCGGCGGACAUGAAGGCCCAAAUCGCCCGUCGUAUUGCUGCAGAGGAGGUGCUCGGUAAAGACGAGCACUUGUUCCGCAUGGAAUGGAUCAAGACCAGCAGUACGCUCCUUGUGCAGAUGCUUGCCAAGGAGGACCUUACGCUCGGCGACCCGCAGACUGCUGAAGAAAGGUGGCUGCAGUAUGUCUCUAGCUACGUUCUUCAUGCUCCGACAGAGGGACUCUCCGUGCGCGUUCAAGCGCCCUUCUUGGACAGAUCUGUCGGCGCUCAUCCUGAGGACAGGUCCGAGCCUGCCGGAGCCAAGGUGAUCGCUCAAAGCGGCCUUGGCAUCAAGAUCUGCAUUACAACUUUGCGACUGUUCUACGAUGACCGUGGCUACGAAGACGUCUUUGCAAGAAGACUACAACGACCUCAACUGGCACGACGAGACAAGGUCGCCAAGAAACAGAGAGGCGCUAGAAAGACGAAGCUCGAUUCGUGGAUCUCAGAUCGACUCGCAGCAAUCUCAGAGGGUUCGGCCGACAGCGCAAGCAAGCAAGGCCAAGAUGUGGCCAAUGCAACCGUGGCUGAAGAUGCAUCGAAUGGCAUGGACAUCGAUGCAACCGCUGCUCCUGAGCAAACAGCGAAGCAGGAUCAAGAGGCAGUUGCACCGACCGCUGUGACCUCUGCCUCUUGAUCUUGCGUAUUCAUUCACCCCAAGUCACCCCCACCAUCAUGUGCCUUUCCAUACUCGUUCGGGUCUUCUGUAUCAAGUUCUCCUUUUCGUCCAGAAUCGCAUGACCGUCAUAACCGAGCCAAGUCUGCCCUGACAUCAUGGGCACCGUACAUUGCCCGUGCUAGUGCACCUGGCACUCGAAUCGAAGGGGGCCUGUCUUGUGGCUGCGCCUAGGCCAUCUUCAAGCUCUCCAUUCCGUCUCGA